AUCACCGUCAUAACUAAAAAAUUGAAUCUAGGAGCAAAACAAAUCAGUUUCAGGAAAUUUUCUGGCCAUGGCGAAUAGAAAAAGUUCCCGCAGAAGCCUGAAAAUAUGCUGUGGUGUGACAGCAAUUUUCCUGAUCAUUCUUGCUAUAAUUUUCACAUCUUUAGCUCUUACAAUCUUCAAGCCUAAAGAACCCAAAAUCAUUGCACAGCCUGUAGGUUUCGACAACUUCCAAGCAGGAAAUAUGACAGUAAAUGCAACGCUGAGUAUGGUUAUUACAAUUGAAAAUCCUAAUUAUGGAAGCUUCAAGUUCAGCAACUCUACCGGCUAUGUCAAUUACCAUGGAGAGCUUGUUGCUGAAAUUCCAAUUGAGGGAGACUUUGUUCCUGCUCAUUCCAAGGUAAAUAUCACCACUUCUGCUGAUCUAAUGGCUGAUAAGCUGAUAGAAAAUCCGUAUCUGCUGGAAGAUCUUCUGGCAGGGAGCUUGAACUUUACAUCAACAGCAGUUUUACAUGGGAAAGUGAGCGUGUUCAAGAUCUUGAAUUUGCAUGCCACUAGUUACAGUUCAUGUGAUAUAUCUAUUUUCAUUAGAACUCAAGAUAUUGAAUCUACUUGCAAGUCUAAAAUCAAACUUUAAUUGUUGUGAUGAAAGUAUAUGAUAUUCAGUUGUAUCAUACUAAGAGCUUGAUUUAAUUAGCAC